UAGAGCCUGCUGCUCACCCCCACCCCUACCUGGCACUCGCUGCAGCCCGGAGGAGGUAGCGAGGCCCCGGGCACCCCAGGGCCCGCUCUCCUUUGGCAAUUCCCGGGAGGCCGGGAGACCUGCUCCCGUGGGUGAGUGUGAGCAGCGUGCGGUGGGUGGGGCCUCCGCAGGCGGAGGCGCCGGGAGCUUGGGCGAAGGCUGUCAUCGCUCCAGGCCCAGCAGGAGGACUCGCCAACAUUCUUGCUGCUGCACUAGGCCCGGGGCUUGCCAGUCUACUCCCACCUCUGGGCCCCCGUUGGGGCUACCUGGAGCCUGGGGUUGCUCAGCAUUGUGCACCGGCCCGCAGAGCUUCGGACUGGAGCUCUACCCACUGGAGGGCAGCAGCGUGGGGCCACGGCUAGCUGGCUGACACACGGAGGUUCCGGCCAUGCCCAGCUGGCCCUGGGCGCUGCUGCUGACCGCGGGCACGCUCUGGGCCGCGCUGAGCCCUGGGCCGCCAGGGCACACUGACCCCUGCCACGAUGAAGGGGGUGCGCCUCGAGGCUGCGUGCCUGGCUUAGUGAAUGCGGCCUUGGGCCGCGAGGUCCUGGCGUCCAGCACGUGUGGGCAGCCACCCACGCAGACCUGUGACUCCUCUGAUGUUCCACGUACACAUUCUGCUGCCCUCCUGACCUUCACAGGGGGCACCACAAGCCCUCUGUGCUGGCGUUCGGACUGGCUGAUGCAGGCGCCCCUCAACGUGACCCUCACAGUAUCCCUGGGCAAAACUUUUGAGCUGGUGUUCGUGAGCUUGCGCUUCUGCUCCACGCCCCCUACCUCAGUGGCCCUACUCAAGUCGCAGGACCAUGGCCGAAGCUGGGUGCCACUGGGCUUCUUCUCCUCCUGCUGUGACCUGGACUACGGCCGCCCACCUGCCCCUGCCAAUGGCCCAGCUGGCCCCGGGCCUGAAGCUUUGUGCUUCCCUGAGCCCCAGACGCAGCCUGAUGGUGGUGGCCUUUUGGCCUUCAGCGUGCAGGACAGCAGCCCGCCAGGCCUGGAUCUGGACAGCAGCCCUGUGCUCCAAGACUGGGUGACCGCUACGGACAUCCAAGUAGUGCUCACAAGGCCUGCCAUGCUGGGAGAAACUGGGGGCUCCGAGGCCAUGGUCCCUUACACUUACUCAGCCACUGAGCUCCAGGUGGGCGGGCGCUGCAAGUGCAAUGGGCAUGCCUCACGGUGCUUGCUGGACACCCAGGGCCACCUGAUCUGCGACUGCCAGCAUGGCACCGAGGGCCCUGACUGUGGUCGCUGCAAGCCAUUCUACUGCGACAGGCCGUGGCAGCGGGCCACAGCCCGGGAAGCCCACGCCUGCCUUGCUUGCUCCUGCAAUGGCCAUGCCCGCCGCUGCCGCUUCAACAUGGAGCUGUACCGACUGUCAGGCCGCCGCAGUGGCGGUGUCUGCCUCAACUGCCGGCACAAUACUGCUGGCCGCCAUUGUCACUACUGCCGGGAGGGCUUCUAUCGAGACCCAGGCCGUGCACCAAGUGAUCGCCACAUUUGCAGGGCCUGUGACUGUCAUCCUGUUGGUGCUGCUGGCAAAACCUGCAACCAGACCACAGGCCAGUGUCCCUGCAAGGAUGGUGUCACUGGCCUCACCUGCAAUCGCUGCGCUCCUGGUUUCCAGCAGAGUCGCUCUCCAGUGGCACCCUGUGUUAAGACCCCUGUCCCUGGACCUACUGAAGAGAGCAGCCCUGUGGAGCCUCAGGACUGCGAUUUGCACUGCAAACCCACUCGUGGCAGCUACCGUAUCAGCCUGAAGAAGUUCUGUAGGAAGGACUAUGGACCUCCAGCCUCCAGCCUCCCUCUGUGCCUCCAGCCAGGGCCCAGAAGGGGUUGUGACCUACACAGCAACACAGAGGGAUGUCAUAGCCCCAAAGAUCUGUUUGGAAGCUUCUUUUGGCCAUAUCCCCGAGGAUUCUUGGAUUCCCCUACACUUGUGCUAUCUGCCCCCUCCAAGGUGGGGGGUACCUUGACACCUACAGAAGGCUGCGAACUUCCUUGUGGGGUCCAAUACUUUGGGGCUCUGUGAACACUCCAGAGGCCGCUGUGACCCGCCUGCCCAUGAUGUCAUAGUCCUUCAAAAGGCAUUCUCAUCUUUAUAAAAGGCACUGGAACAUCCCCCAAAAGGUUAUGCUGUUCCUCAUGAAUCCAGGACCCACUCAUUAUAGGUCUGAGAACACACCAAGGGUUGGUGUGACUCCACUCCUCAUGGACUCUCAUAACCCGCUAGAGAGCGCUAUAACUCACCCAUAGGCACUGUGGCCACCACAGAUGUCCACAGACCCCGUUGGGGAUUGGUGACAUUGGUUCCCCUACCCCUUGCCACAACCCGCAGAGGGCGCUGUGACUCCUCCCCCAACGAGGAUGGAGGCCUCUGGUUCCCCUCCGUCCCCGGUGCCUGCCGUUUCUCUGCCGGUUAGGUCUAUGCCUGUCCCUGUCUCUGCAGCGUUUCUGCCUGUGUUCUGCCUCUUUCUUGGCCAGUUGUAUCCCUAUCUCUUGUCUCCAUCCAGCUGUGUUUCUCCGCCUUUGGGCUUUUCCUCUAAAGUCCUGCUCUUAGGAUCCCCGGCGUCCCUGCUCCCACUCGUAGCCGGACGUCGUGCCCACACGGACGCGCGUUCCCUUAUCUACACGCAACCCGGGAGGGGGCGACAACUCCGGCGGACAGCCCUCCUGGCUUUUGAUGCCCCUAGCCCUAUCCUUCGAAGAGCCUGGUAGCCGCCCGCCCACUGGACUCCCUCCAGGAGUAACCGUUCGCGAACCCCUGCCCCUCUGCGCCAGGACUGUCCCAGUCUGGACGCUGGUCGUCGGCGCGCAUGCCCAGAGUCCGCUGUGGCAAAGACCCGGGGCGCCCGGGGUGG